UUCCCCAAGCCCUCUGUCCCUCUCCUCUGGUAGGUUCCACAAUGGUACAGGCAGCCUCCCGCUGCACAAUGGUUUCCAGGCAGUGAGAGAGGGUGAUUCAGCAAGCCACUCUUCUCUUUAAACCUCCCGUCUCUUUUUAUUUUUAUGGGGGUGGGUGGUGCUUCAUACAUUAUAUGCUUACCUUUUUUUUGUUUUUCCUAUUUUCAUUUUUACAAAUUUUCUUUCUCUUCCCCACUCCUCAAUCCCUAGGGGCUUGAGUGAGCUAAAGAUUGGGUCUCCUUGGAAAUCACCUGUCUGUUAUUAUUUUUAAACAAUCUCCACACCUCCAAAGACCCUCCUCCUUAUUCCGGUUUGGUAUGUGGCUAAUGAAAAUCCAGUAGGGAGGAUUUCUGGGGCAAGCAUCCGGACCAGGAUCCUAGUUCUCAGGCACGGAAUGUCCUGGAAGGUCUUGCAGAAUGCUGACCAACAUAUUUAAAAUGGUUGCGGUAAUGGCCAUUUCUCUCAGAGAGGCUUCCGAAGGCAUCUGUCCUCGGCUAGUGUGAGAACACCACCAGCAAGACCAUCUCAGAUCUUGGUUAUGGCGACUCAAGCAAGAAACUAUUGAAUUAGACCCCUUUCCUAUAGAUGAAAAACCACACAAGCAGUGGUAUUUAUGAGCCUCCAUUUCUUAUACUACUGCAGUGAACCAACCUUGGAUGUGAAAAUCGCCUUUUGUCAGGGCUUCGAUAAACACGUGGAUGUGUCAUAUAUUGCCAAACAUUACAACAUGAGCAAAAGCAAAGUAGAUAACCAGUUCUACAGCGUGGAAGUAGGAGACUCAACCUUCACAGUUCUCAAGCGCUACCAGAACCUGAAGCCAAUUGGCUCUGGGGCUCAGGGAAUAGUUUGUGCUGCAUACGAUGCUGUCCUUGACAGAAAUGUGGCCAUUAAGAAGCUCAGCCGACCUUUCCAGAACCAAACUCAUGCCAAGAGGGCUUACCGGGAGCUGGUCCUCAUGAAGUGUGUGAACCAUAAAAAUAUUAUUAGCUUAUUAAAUGUUUUCACACCCCAGAAAACACUGGAGGAGUUCCAAGACGUUUACUUAGUGAUGGAGCUGAUGGAUGCCAACUUGUGUCAGGUGAUCCAGAUGGAGCUGGACCAUGAGCGGAUGUCUUAUUUGCUAUACCAGAUGCUAUGUGGCAUCAAGCAUCUCCACUCUGCUGGAAUUAUCCACAGGGACUUAAAACCCAGUAACAUUGUAGUCAAAUCUGAUUGCACACUGAAAAUUCUUGACUUUGGACUGGCCAGAACAGCGGGCACAAGCUUCAUGAUGACUCCGUAUGUGGUGACGCGAUAUUACAGAGCCCCUGAGGUCAUCCUGGGAAUGGGCUACAAGGAGAACGUGGAUAUAUGGUCUGUGGGAUGCAUCAUGGGAGAAAUGGUCCGCCACAAAAUCCUCUUUCCCGGAAGGGACUAUAUUGACCAGUGGAACAAAGUCAUCGAGCAGCUAGGAACUCCGUGUCCAGAAUUCAUGAAGAAAUUGCAGCCUACAGUCAGAAACUACGUGGAGAAUCGGCCCAAGUAUGCAGGACUCACCUUCCCCAAGCUCUUUCCAGAUUCCCUCUUCCCAGCCGACUCUGAGCACAAUAAACUCAAAGCCAGCCAAGCCAGGGACUUGUUGUCAAAGAUGCUAGUGAUCGACCCGGCUAAGAGGAUAUCGGUGGAUGACGCUUUGCAGCAUCCGUACAUCAACGUUUGGUACGACCCAGCUGAAGUGGAGGCGCCUCCUCCUCAGAUAUAUGACAAACAGCUGGAUGAAAGGGAGCACACCAUUGAAGAGUGGAAAGAACUCAUCUACAAGGAAGUAAUGAACUCAGAAGAAAAGACUAAAAAUGGCGUAGUAAAAGGACAGCCCUCUCCUUCAGGUGCAGCAGUGAACAGCAGUGAGAGCCUCCCUCCGUCCUCGUCUGUCAACGACAUCUCCUCCAUGUCCACGGACCAGACCCUUGCAUCCGACACUGACAGCAGCCUGGAAACCUCGGCAGGACCGUUGGGUUGUUGCAGGUGACUAGCCGCCUGCCUGCGAAACCCAGCGUUCUUUAGGAGAUGACGCGAUAGAACACAGGACACAUGCACACGCACACACACAGUUUGCACAACACACAUGCACACACAAAGACACUCUCACACAUGCACAAAUGCACACACGCAAUGUCAAGAAAACAGCAAGAGAGAGAUCCAACCUAAAAUUCAGAUAAAUCUUUCUGCCUGCUUCUCCAAAGUUCUCUACCACAGCUAAAGCUGAAAUGUGUACUUAACUUCUAGUUGCUCUUGCUUUGGUCUCCUUCCAACAGUGCUUACUACACAAAACAAAUCAGACACAAUUAGAGAAGCCUUUCCCUAAAGUGUAAUUUAAGUGGCUGCAAAACCAGCAACCUAUAACUGCCCUACAAACGGCAUGACAAGGUGUGCAGUGACCCCAUCCAGCAUGUGUGUGUCUCUAUCUUGCAUCUACCUGCUCCUUUGGGCCUAGUCAGAUGGAUGUAGAUACAGACCCGCAUGUGUCUGUAUUCACACAGCACUACUUAGAGAUGUUCCUGUCAGGGUCCUCAGGGCUCUACCAAGACACCACGCACUGGGUACCACAUGGUCCAUUUCAUCUGAUCUAUUACUCUGACAUAAAUCCAUCUGUAACAUAUUGCCAGUAUAUAAGCUGUUUAGUUUGUUAAUUGAUUAAGCUGUAUGUCUUAUAUGAAAAUAUGUAAAAGGGGGGAUAUGGGGGAGUGAACUCUCAGACCCUUGAAGAUGUAGCUUCCGAAUCUGAACUGAUUAAAUGGCACCUGUAUACCAA